AUGAGGCCCCGGCGAGUUCUUGAAUGCGGCUUCGGAGCCGGUGACUGGGCUAUCGACGUUGCACAACAACACCCAAACUGCGAGGUAGUAGCCAUCGAUAUCUGCCCACACAUCUGGCCCGACGAAAGCCAGACGCCGACGAACUUGAAUCUGCAAGUCGAUGACCUCAAUAGCAGGUACAUUUCCAGGCGAGCUUCAGCCGCAGGUUGGACCCUGAAGUGCUCCUGA